UAUAAAUUUACUCCACUCCCACUUUUCUCUCUCUUUAUCAAAAAUCUCCUCCUUUAAUUUUCUCCCAUCUUUCCAUAACCCAAACAAAAAUGGCGAAAGUGAAAUCUCUCUCUAUUAUGUUCAUCUCAUCCAUUUUCUUCAUCGUUAUAGUAGCGCUUUCAUCGCCGGCCGUUGCUGGUUCCGCUGCGGCAGUAGCAGCUAGUGGGUCCCACCAGCUGGGCUACUUUCCGAUGACAUUGUCUUCUUUUUCACCGAUCUGUGACGGUUCGAUUGGGGACUGUUUGGCUGAAGAAGACGAGGAUGAGUUCGGGAUGGAAUCGGAGAGCAGCCGGCGCAUGUUAGCAUACCGCCGGAGAUACAUUAGUUACGGUGCGCUUAGUAGUAACAGAGUGCCGUGUUCAAGGAGAGGAGCUUCAUACUACAAUUGCCGUCCCGGAGCUCAGGCGAACCCUUACCAACGUGGAUGCAGUGCCAUCACGCGCUGCCGUCAUUGAAAACCCUCUACACAGUAAAUUUCUCGAUUUACUGUAUUUUACAUUUUUUUUACCGGAGUGGUAAAAAAGUUAAAAAUUCUUUUUGAGCUUUGUGUGAUCUAUUUACUAUUAUUAUUAUUAUCGAGUAUGGUUACUUAUUAUUGAUGUAUUUGUGAAUUGUGGUAGAGAAACAUUCUUGUAGUUUUUUUUUGUAUGAUGAUGUUGUAAUAAUAUUUAAUUUAUCAUGCCGCUUACUAUAAUCUUUUACUAUUUAUUUGAAAUAAAUGAUGUUUUAGCA